AUGUUGCAACUGAUACAAGGUGAGAAGUCAAAUGAUCACAACGUGAACUAUGUGGUGACGCUGAUAAAACCGGCGCGGUGGAUUGAUGAGCCAACAGCGACCGCUACCCUGGACACCAUACACCUGGUAACGGUACCACCGGAGAAUACACACACACACACACACACAGACAUACACACACAAACUUCAAUAGAAUCACAAGAGUUAGACUAUAGUGUAGUGUUGAAGACUAUACGGUCUAGACCUCGAAAGGUGGGUGGUAAGGAUGUGAGUGUGUUAAGUCAGUGUGAGGUCUACCAGGUGUUACGGGUCCCCCCCCCCUUCCCCUCUAACGACUUGUUGGAGCUAAACAACUGA